GUGAACGUCUCGUGCGGUGGGGGCGCGUUUGCCGGAAGUCAGUGACACUUCCGCUGGGGACUACACCUACAAAAUCGAAUGACAAGACAACUGGAAUGGAGGCGCUGAACAGGAGGCGUGCUCGGGUGGCAUUCAGCUACCAGCCCCAGAACGAGGAUGAGCUGCAGCUGGAGGUGUCAGAUGUCAUUGAGGUGCUUGAGGAGGUCGAGGAAGGCUGGUGGAAGGGUGUGCUCAAGGGCCGCAUAGGUGUCUUCCCCUCCAACUUUGUCGUUCUCGAGGAGGCUACCCCGGCCUCUCCCCGUGCGGUGGCCACGGCGACUGCCAACAACCAGUCGCGCUGGGGAAACUCAGUCACCUCCGAUUUCCACUCAGAAAAACCUGAAUCUUCGGGGGACAUCACAGGUGACCAUUCGCUAGCAUCACUAGAAAUCAAGCCCAAACCCGUCGCCAAAGGCAUUGGAUUUGGCAACAUCCUGCCGGAGAGCCGCAUCAAGGUCAAAAGCAAAGUCACUGACUCGCCCAAUGACAAACGCGCUCUGGGGCCACUGAAGAAACCUGCGCCCCCCGUGCCAUCGGAAACUUCGACAGAAGCCCCAAAGUUGCCUCCAAAGCCGAUACGGGAGCAAGCCAAGGUGCUGUACGCGUAUGAGGCACAGAACGACGAUGAGCUGACGAUCAAGGAAGGGGAUGUGAUCACGGUGUUGACAAAGGAGGUGGAGGACAAAGGCUGGUGGAAAGGGGAGCUCAAUGGCAGAGUCGGCGUGUUCCCGGACAAUUUCGUCAAGCUCAUAAAGGAGGAGGUUCCACAACCUGUAAAACCGGAGCGGCCCGAGAAGCCCCCAGGAGGCAAGAUGGUGGGCAAGCCCGACCUGCCUGACAAGCCUGCCUUCCAGGAGUAUGGCAACAGCUCGGACCGGCCCGUCUCCAAAGUGCCUCCUUUUAAGCCUUCCGAAAUUUCUAAGAAAGCACCAUCAUCGGCCAGCGUGGCAGUGGUGGAAGAGAAAGGCAAGGCACCCGCCCCUCCCCCCGCUACCUGCUUGGCAGCGGCCAAGAAGCCCUUUGUCCUGCAGUCUCCACCCACCUCGGCAAGCCCCGCCCCCAAGAAGCCCCUGGCCCAGUGGCCUGUCCAGGAUGCAGAUGUGCCUCCGCCCUCGUCCCCACCCCCUCUGCCACCUUCCAGUCCUACUCCCACUGCUACACCCACUUCCAGCCCUGCCCUGCCCUCAGUUGCACCUCCCUUGUUGGCUGCUAGGAAGACUGAAGGGCAAACAAAAGAGGCUGCUGCGCCUGCCCCUGUGUAUGCCCAAGUGAGGCGAAUUACGGCCAAUGGAGUUGUCAACUCCAAGGAGUCUCAGUCGUCAGCGGCCUCGUCCAGCAAGGAAGAGUACUCUGAAGCGACAUUUGACAGCAUCGAGCCCUCGGAGAACAAGCUGAACCACCCCACUGCCAACCGUGUGCGACCUCCCAUGAACAGGAGGCCUCCCUCACAUAUAACAAUCGUCAAGGAAAACGGCAAUGAACCAAGUGAGCAGCAGCCAGCUUGGAUGAAGGAUCUUGGAAAGAGGCACCAGGCCAAAUUCUCUAGUCAGCCUACAUUUGAGGGCAAGGACACAAAGAUUGCCAGCAGCCCAGAGAAGGAGCUCCCGAGUAGAAUGUACCCUCAGAAAUCGCCACCAUCUGCGCACAAGCCCCUGGCUGGUUCCGUCAGAGAAGAAUCAGCUGUGCUGUCCCGGAGCCCGGUUGCCAAGGAAGCUCCGGCAGUGACAGCAGCACCUGUAAUUCUGCGAAACCAGAAGGGCCUGUGUUCAGCUGAAAGUGAUGUUGUACAGGAGCUCAAGAAUGAGCUAAAAUUGCUUCGCGAGAAUUGCGUGCCCAAGGAGGAGCUCACUAGCCUCCAGCACCAGAUCAAUUCUCUGAAAGAAACCGUGGAGUCCAACCGGAACCAGUACAGCAAGCUGGUGCGCGACCUCAUGGCUGAAAUUGACGAGGAGAAGAAGCUACGCAUGACCCUUCAGGUGGAGAUCGACCGCCUCAAAAAGCUGACCCUGACGGUCUGACCCAGUGCUGCUGUCUGACCGGGUUAGGCGGUCGCACCAGACUUGUGCAACCUUCCCGUCUGAAGGCAGAGAGGCCCCGGCACGCCGGCCACCCUCCAGCCAACUUGUCGACUCAGCAUUGGAAGACCAGUGUAGCCCUCUCCCUUCAGAAUCUCGGAAGUGCAUAAGUAUUUGAAUGAGGGUGUAUACAGGCUGCUUCAGGGCAUGUAAAUUUUUUAAGUAUUAAAUUUUACCAAUGAGUGCGUAUUUAUAAAUUGAGAUUGUGUCAAGCUAUAAAAUGCUGGCAUCAAUGGCCAAGCACUGUAGUAGUGUUUUAGUACGUAGAGAGUUUCAUUUUUUUUUUCUUUUUUGUUUUGUAUUGUGGUGUAACAAUUGUAAAGGAAAUUGUGGCAUUGGUGUUUGGUACAGUCGGCGAUGGUUUUGAAGGGUACUUUAGCCUUAAUUUGAGUCUUGGUACAUGUUUAGGAGACCUAAAAUGCGUUAGAAUGGUGUCUUGCAUUCUCAAGGCAUCAGCCAUGCUCUUACUGCGAUGGUGAUUAACAUUCAUUAUGAGGAGCUUUCCUUUUAGUCAAGAUAUCAGGGGCCAAAAAACAAUGCUGUCUGCGAUGCGAGAAGGUGUCGCUGAGUAGGCUUGAUAGCAGAAGUGGCUGUCCGAUAAGUAGAUCACCGUGCAGCUAAGCACUGGCCUAUUUAACAUCCAAUAACAAAAGUUGCCGCUGCAGUAUGAUCGCAUUUUGCAAGAGAAUUAGGAAAUGUGUAAAUGGUUUCCUGCACUAAAAUAACUUGCAUUUGUGUACUCGUAACAGUACCAUACUACCAUUGCCAAUUUUGUGCCAUUUAACAAUAAUACGACUACUACCAUAACUACUGCAACCAGCAUUGUCACCGCAUCUCGCUUCUGGUGAGCCCUGCUGCAUAAUAUUUGCUCUGGUGAUGUGAUUUAUGUGAGAUUUCAGUGGGGCUUGCUGUGCAUGCAGCAUGGAUGGAGGGACUUAAGGUGCGAUCAUGGCUUGCGUGUGAGCUUUGCCACAUUAACAAGGCUUAAGGAAUACAAAACCAAGUCCUCACUUGCUCUAUCUCAAGACUUUCAUUUACUUCUGUUAUGGAUAGUACAGCUGGGAAAUUCCGAAAUCACAAAAGAGUGCCGCUUUUAAAGUGGUCAGAAGUUUACUUUCAAGUGACAAGUUUAUUGAUAACAAAGUGUGUUCUUGUUGUCUGCUUAAAACACUAGUUUCAAGCAAGCUGGCCUUGGAUGUGAGUGCAGUGGUCUCAUCUGUUGUAUUUCCAAGCAGUGAGUUAUGCUGGCAUCAACAGCCCCCUUUUUUUAAGCAUAACUGAUAAUCUUUUUUUUUUUUAUGUGCUACAUAAUCUGCUUAUUCUUCUGCUGCUUGGGCUUUCCUUCUUCUUUUUUUCACCCCUUUGAACCCCAGUGUAUGCGGUGAUAUUGCUCAUGGCAAUAUUCACCUAAGGGAACCAUCUGCUUUUUCCUUCAGUAAGAGUUGGUUCAGUUCACUUUUGUUAGCUGUAGAUUUAACGGUUGAGAGUAGGUGGGACUAUGUGUAAUCGUUCUGUCUCGAAGUUUGCUUUUUUUUGUCAUCUUGUUCAAGAUAUUUUAUGACCACUGGUCUGGUUUGGAUGCGACACCUAUAAUUGGUGACAACCCAGGAAUUCAGGGCUAAAUAAAACAAUGUCCAAUUCAAAGUAACUGGUUCAGAAACUGUUCGUAGUAGCUGAAACUUAGCUCUGAGUGCGAUUGUUAUAUGCGGGCUUGACUGUACAUGUGUCAGCCUGUUAAGUUUGCUCAUUUCUAUGAUGUCAUGGCAGAGGCCAAACUUUCACAAUCAAUCUCUUGAGAACUGUGUUGCAGAGUGUGAAUACACAAAGGCUAUAUGCAUUGCGGAUUUGUUAGUAAAGCCGGUACUGAAUUCUUCGGCUGUCACCAGGUAUAGGUAGCAAUCUAAAUUGCUCAUUCUAUUAAACAUUGUCUUAUUACCUUACUGUGAUGUAUAGGUAAUGUGAUUUGUGGCCUGUGAAAGAUUUCUCGAGUGAGUGUAAAAUAGUUUGUUCUGAGCUUGCAGUGGGUCUGGUGCACGAAUGUGUGAAUGUGUGGAGCCGAUUACUCUGACGAGGUUGCAGGCAAUGUUGGUUUUGCUGUAUUGUGUAUUUCACUGAAGGUAAGCCAUUGACCUUUCCGAAUACAGUUAGCGCCAACCGUCUUGUGUUGGUGUGUACUGUAAUCGGCUCAAAUAUCAUGCACAAAGUAUCUCAUCUUUCUUAAUAUGUGUGAUUCAUCAUAACACCUGUAUAUACUGAAUGUUCAUUUUCAUUUGUGUUCUUAAUGGGUUGUAAAAGCUGCAGAUUAGUAUACUGGCAGCAGUGUUCUGUCAAUUCUUUUCCAUACUUCUUGACUGUUCUGGCACAUGUUUUGCGAUAGAAACUGUCAGUUUAGUGCUUUGGUUUUGUAAUAUCUUUUCUCACGGAUAAGCAAUAUAGUCCCAUACAUUGCUGCAAAUCCUCUCAUUUUCAUUGUAUCUUAGCGUGGCAUUGUCAGACAGGACAUGAAACUAUCAAUCUUGUCAUAACGAAUCUAUGAUGGGGGAACAUCUUCAUAGGAAACAUUUGUUAUGCUCAUUGAGAUGCUACCUAAUUUCAAUGUAAUCUAUUUUCUCUGUGAUUUGAAAUUCUUGAUAUUUCUGCAUGCAGUCUGGUGUUAGGUCUUGGAAUUGCUUGAUUUCAUUUUUUCCACCAUGACUUGUGGUCUCAUACAUACCCUCACUAAAUUUUCUAGUUCAUGAGUCUGAAAGUUUAUCUUUCGAUUGAUGUAGCAAGUUUUAUUAGUUCUUGGUGGGCUUGUACAAAACUGUGAUGUCAAGUCCACAGUUAGACUCGCUGGGGGCUGUCGAGCAGCCAGGGUUUAAACAACCUGGAUUGUGGAUUUAUUGAACAGAGAUAAAUUUCACAUCAAGAUGGCUCUUUGAGGAAAGACGUACGUAAUGUCACAUGUAGACUUCAUGCAAUUCUUGACUGCACAUCCCAUGACAGACCAGUUUUGGCCUGCCAGUCCGUGCAAAUCAUCUUGCAUUUUUUCGAAGUGCUCUUUUUUUAUAAAGCACCAGGACUAAAAAUGCGGAGGAGGCUUGCUUUGUGGCCUGAGCCGCUUCCCCUUUUGUAUAACCAAUUUAAUUGCAUACAUACCGUCAUUUUACACGGCCUGUUUAUGGCUUUGGAACGAGUUUUUCACAGAAGUGCAUGUUUUGGGACUUCUGACUGAAUUUUUCAAGUCUCCUUACUCGGUAACCCUAGCUUGAUGUCUCGAGAAAAUUUCAUUUCUGUGAGUGAGUGCAAUGUGAUUUUUUUUUUCCUUAUGGAACUUAUGCAACGACUUGUACUACCACUUUCGUAUGCCUGGCCAGGUCCCUGUUCUGAACAGCAUGUGUUACUCAUUGCUGGAAUGAUCCUCAACUUUGUAUUGUUAAUCUCGCAUUGUGGUUAUUGGAUAUCCAGCCAUCACUGACGUGAGCAUAACUUUGCGACAGUAGACAUAUGGCGUUUACUGCACUUUCGGAAAUGUGUGUGAUUGCAACUCUCACUCCACAUGGAAGCAGCGACAAAAGCCUAUACACAUACCCUUAUGUCCAGUACUGGUGUGGAAGGCACAAUGGCCACCACCUCAACUGUUUUAUGCUACAGGGUCAUGUGCUGGCCAUCUUGCCCUGAAGAAGAAAUUUCCUCGCGCAUGCUGAAUGUUUUUCAACCUAUGAUUUCUUGGUCAACCAUCACAGGACAGGCAAACUGCCAGUGAUUGCUGUAUGGAUGGCAACUGAUAACCCGAGCAGUUUUUGUUUGUUCAAGUGCUACUGCCCUAGCAAAUGAUGCAUCGAAAGUAGCAAUAGUAUUUAUUUCACUAUCACAUACACACAUAGAGUCAGCGAGGAUUGUGGGAUUUCAUUAAAUUUUGAAAUAGAGUAGUUUGCGACUGCAGACAGUAAAACUGUGCAGCACUAUGUUUGCGUAUAUUAGUAGAGGUUGGAAAUCGAACUACCAGGCUGGAGAAACUGUCAGCCUAUUCUAUGAUCCUGCAGCCCAUAGACUUAUGAUACCUAUUGGAAACAACUGCACAAUGCUUUUUGCACCAUGUUCACAGUGCUGCCAGAAUUAUAGCUGUGUCACUGGCGCUCUGUGGAGUGUGAGCUGCACAUUCGCAUGUUUUGCUGAUUGUUUGCCAUGUGUACAUCUCGCAGCUGUUAUCGUAUGAAUACACCUCUGGUGCUCUCAGUAUGACUGAGUGACACUGUGCAGUUUGGGGCGUUGGUCACCGAACUUGUACGCAGUUUCCCAGAUAAUACCAGCAACUCACAAGGUUGCAUGCAUCGAGAGAGUGUAGCUUCUAACAGUUGUGCAGUCUGUGCGCCCACAAUGACAGCAACGCAGGUUGCAUACUGUGAAUAGAACUAUUGCACCGAGACUUCUUUAACUUACUCUCAAGCAAGUAAGGCCAGUGCAAAAAAAUUUUAACCUGCGUCUUUACCAUUUCUAGAGCAGGUAGCCAUCUCCAGGGUCAUCAAGCAAUGUAUUCGUAUAUAUAGUACUUUUUUCUUUUGAGUGUAGCAUUUUGCAUCAGGCUUUCAUGUGCAAUUAUCUUGCCUUGGCCAAAAAAAGGCACUUGCUCCAGUUACCAUAUAGACUCGUAUAAGGGUCGCACCCUCAGCGUGGCGGCCCAAAAUUUGUAAGAAGAAAAUUUCCAUCGAAGAAGCAAUCACGUUCAGUGCCCCGAUGCCACACAUACGCAUCGGUGAAUUUUCUCAUUUUGCCUACUACAUGGCUAGAGUUACACGCUGACCUCUGAUGCCAUGGAGCAUUUGAGGAUCCAUGGUUGCAGUAGUCACUGGCUGCACCGACACCAUUUUGACCAAAAUGUUAGGAUGCUGUGGUGAGCGUACAGUUUGAUUUGUUGACCAUAGUUGUUGUGGCAUACUCUGAGGAACUUGGCUACUGUGCUGGGAAUUGUGUAUUACAAGGAUAGGAGUGUUGGGUCAUCUUUGUCAAGAGCUAGUGAAUCGGCUCUUCAAAGAGUCAGCUGCCAACAAGAUUUCACAUGUUUUGUGCAGGCUGUGACAUAAAAAUGGUAUAUCCAUCGAUUUUUGUGAUCUUAACAUUCCGGAUAUAAAUAACUGUACAAAUGAAAAGUUUCUUAACACACGGGUGUGGAUAAAAUGGGGGGGGGGGUGUUGGUCAUGCUCUCUUUAUGUUGUUUAAGAAAGUAAUGAGAACAUCCUACACAUUGUUCUCUCGUGUGAUCUGACUGAUAUAAAUGAGGCGUUAUUAAAUGUUCCUGUACUUGAAUAGUCUAGUGAGUGCGUCAGGAGAUAGCAAAUUUCUUGUGCAUCUUGUUAUCUGCUGAGCUAGCUUAUCUAUAUACAAAAGUACAUAUCCUUUUGCAGCCAGUGUGUGGCGCUUGAGUCUCUUCUACCUGCGACUGUUUUCUACCAUGUUUGUAGGUAAUGUGCAAGUUUAAAAUGCUGAAAAAUGUAAUGUGGCUUUUACGAGGCAAGCAGGAAGCAAGUUCAAUAACUUCUUUUAUAUUGUUUGUUUCAAACCACCAACCAGUGCGAAAUUUACCUAUCUGAAAGAUGUAUUUAUCUUCAGUAGUCACCUUGCAUCAUUUUUACCGUAAGAGCUUUGCAUUUGGCACAAAUGCACCACUGCAGAACCACUGUUCCAGGUUGCAGUGCUGACCGAUGACUCAUUUUUUUAUCAUUGAUUCUCUACUGGUGAACUGGGCUCAAGAUAACUUUUUUUUGGCCGAGUGCGCUGUACUGUAGAAUACCACCUUGAAGUCAUAUUUUUUUACCCUAAAUUUCUUUGAAGUGCUUGCUUUCCGUGGGUAAUCAUGUUAAGAAAACAAAUUAACUUAAGCAGAGCAGUGAUGUACCUUAGAGCGACACUAAAGAGAACAACGAGCUGUACCAGUAAGACGCUUCUGCAAUACCAAAAAAGCCACUCGUACGAUGAGAUGAAGCUUUAUAAGCCAGAAAAGAUAUAAAAACAAAACUGUUGUCAAUGCCAUCUUGAAGGUCCUGCAUGAGCUCACCGUGGAUUUCAACAGUACCUGCUCGGGCCUAGUUAUAAGAUGGACUACAUUGUAUUCUAAAGCAGCCAAAGACUCAACUUGGCAAGUUUUAACAACCCGCUGCGCCACAAAAUACUUAGAAAUUUGCGACAUCAUUCGACAUCUUGGUGCUGAGGUUACAGUGCGCAGUCCUCCUCUUACCUUAAAAUGAAUUAAAAUAGAGCUUUAAAACAAAAUUUUAAUGAGUCCAAAGUAAUUUAGUGUUUAUAUUCAGUGCCACUUUAAGAACUAUUGCUCUGCACCUCUAAAUGUGUUUUACUGGCACUUGAGAAUUGUAUUUGAUAGCAUUUUGAAUUGUAUGUCCCACUCGAUAGUAUGGUGCACUCAAUCUUGGAUUCUUUGGAAGAUACUUCCGUACUUUCUUAUUCUUGAAUAGGAGCUGAGCAAGUUGCAUUUGUCGUGGGCACACCCAUGCUUGAGAGCAUGGCAUCAGUUCUAUGGUACUUAAUAAAAUGAAAAUGUUCCUACAUUCCAGUUUGCAGAGAUAGGUUUCUUAAUUACCAGGUGCUAGGAGAAACAUGGUUAAAAGAAAAAAAAAGUGGGGCCCCUAAUGCUACUGUAACUCAAAAGGGCAUCCUAUCAUGGGGCACAACAUUUGUGUGCUAAAUAAAUAUAUUGCCAAUGACUUAGGUACCUUGACUUAUGUUGUUAGAUAGUUAUUGUAAGAUUUGUGAUGCAAUUUAGCAAUAAAGCUGUGGGUACUGGUCUAGUUGACGUGUAGAGCAGUGAAACAUUUAUGCCAUACACUGACUUGUGUGUUGCAUCGUGUGUGAAAUGUGUGUGCGCUAGCUUUGGUUUCGAGCACCAAUCCUUUAUAAUUCGGUGUGCACUUGGCUGCACUAAUCUGUGUCCCCUUGUACAAUAGUGUUUGUGUAUUGCGAAUGUAUUGAAUUGUAUGUCCGGCACAUGACAAGAGCGGUCAACACAGAGUAACAGUAUUGCUGAAAAGCAAACUUUUUUUCUAAUUUUUGUCAGGUGCUGUAGAUAGGCACAAGCAAAGGUGUUCUUCACCGAUGUCAAAUUAUUUCAGCAUUCCAGCUAGCGAAGGGCUGUGACCCAUUUGUCAGGCCGUCUGCUUUUUCUUUAAGCCCUGCUCUUUUGCAUGGCCUUUAUGAGAUUGGUUUUUGUUUUAAAAAUCAGUGCUGUUCAUUAUAAUGAAUUGUAUAGCUUGGUGUGUGUAAGAUAUGUGCCUAAAGAAUUUCUUCCUCUGCUCCAUAAAGUGUACGACAGUGCUGCCAUAAACUGAAGUCGACAGUGUUCUUCAGUAAUGCUCUUUGGCGAUUACUGCUGUAAAGAGCUGCUUGAGAAAUAUCACUACUUUAGUGCCUUCGAGUAAACAAUUAGCGUGGUUAAUGAAAUAGCUCGAGAAUCGCCGAGGAGCUUCAUUGAAGCAUGGCGUCAACUUCAGUCGAGGGCAGAGCAGUCCUUUACUUUCUGGAGUUGAGACGAAGUGACAAGGACCUUUUACGUGAUGGUGUUUGUUUGCUUGUAGUGAUGUAAUAUGCUGUGGCAGAUCAAAGCCUAAACAGCAGCUGGUUGCUUCACUCCUUGGAAACGUGGCUUCUACGUAGUCCAGUGAAUUGCUGCACGAAAUUUUUAAGCCUUAGAACUGAUUGUGCGUUGCACGCCUUUUAUGUGGCUACAGCACUGUUUAGUUGCGUAUAUCCCAACUCUGCAAGGAAAAUAAAAGCAGGGCAAUCUCCCCCCUUCUCCCCCCUUUUUUGUCACAAGAAUGCGUACACACUGUGACAAUCCUCUGAGCUCAGUCUGUAUGUAAUAUAAUAGAUUUAUAUAUGAUAAAGAGAAGAUAUGUAGGUGACCUGAAUGUGUAGCCCUUUCGUACAAAUAAAUGGUAUAACCACUGAAUGAAA